AUGGCCUCACAGAGCUGUCCUCUUCUUCUCUGCCUCCUUGUCUUGUGGGCUGCCCAGCUGCAUUCCAUGCCCACACCCUGCCACUUACAAGGGGCACUUCUACAGAAAGUCAACGACCUUCUUCAGGACAUGGGAGGUCAUUACCCCUUGGAGUGCCUUGAUGAAAAUGUCAAUCUUACAUUCCCUGCCUCUGCUUUCAAGUCAAACAGUACUGCAGCACAGGUAGAAGUCGGCAUAGAGGAAGCAGCUUAUGAGGUGCUGAGGAACAUGGAUGUGUUGUUUGAGAAUGACACCAUGCCCUCCGGCUGGGACCAAGCCAAACUGGACGACUUCAGAAACAUAGUAUACCGACUGGUGGAGGAGAACCAAUGCGUAAGUGGGACAGAAAAGGAGCACAGUACAUGUGCGUGGGAGGUGGUGCGGAAGGAGACAUCACGAACUCUCAAGUUCAUCCUGAAGACCUGGACCACAACACACAGGCCCCAUGCUCGUGGCUAG